AUGCUCGGCUUGAAAACAGGCAUCGUAUUUUUGCAGGAAAUUGAAUUGGAUAAAAAACGUGCUGUAGAGACUGGUAGCUCUAUACAUCCCUCUCAAAUAAAGAUAACAAUUUGUCGCAAUGAUACCAAACCAGUUAGAAACGGGGCCUAUGAAAUGCAAACUCAUAGAAACAGGUUUCAGGGUCGUCAGGGGCAUCGGUCAAGAGGUGGUGGCGUACAGCUCGAAUAUAAACUAUCGAAAAGUUUAUCACGUCUUUCUCAUGACUCGAGCCAUGCGGACUCCCAAUUGCAUCAACAUCAUCAGUUCCAACCCAAUCGUCAACAAGGUGGGAGAGGUGGACGUGGCGCCUCCUAUUCACGUGGUGGCGGUGGCGGUGGUUGUGGUGGCGAUGGCGGUGGUGGUUAUGGUGGCGGUGGCGGUGGUGGUGGUGGUGGCGGUGGAAACCUCACAUAUAAUUAUCCUCCAACCGAUUCCUUCAGACAUGUCGAAAUCGACAGGUACUCAAACAGGGGACAUGGGAAUCCUCAGCGCUACUCCCAACAUCAUAAUAUCCGCGGUUUCCAAGGUUAG